GUGCACGACUUGGAAUCGGAGCUGAAUCAGGCGAGAUAUGAGAACGCACUGAUGGGGCGGAAGUGCCACGGCAGCUAUCAGGUGACUGCACAGGCAGAGGCGGCGCUGCACCAGGCCCACCAACAGAUGAACGUGAUGAAUCAGGAGCUGACUUUCCUUCGUGCGGAGCAUGCUCGGGUUCAGGAGGAGCUUCGUCUUCAAAAGGUGCAUGUCGGCUCCCACGAAGAGCGCGCCACGCAGAUGGAGGCGCAGCUGAAGCAAGCAGAGUCCCGUGCAGCGCGCUCUGAGGAGGUUGCGAGCGAUCUGCACCAUUGGAUGCUCCGAUCCCUCCACGAG